UCGAACUAGUACUACUAGAUUCCCAAUUUUCUCUUUCACGCUACUUCACUUCGCCGGCAAAACCCCAGUCUUCCAACUUCCACACUAAUAAAAACCCAGAUUCUCUCUCCUCCAUUUUCAUCUUCAUCCUCAAGCAUAACCAUGGAAGACGUAUGCGAAGGAAAAGACUUCUCAUUUCCAAAAGAAGAAGAAAAAAUCCUUGAAUUCUGGGACAAAAUCAAAGCAUUUGAAACCCAAUUACAAAAAACCUCAAAAAACCCAGAAUACAUCUUCUAUGAUGGCCCCCCUUUUGCAACUGGUCUCCCUCAUUACGGUCAUCUUUUAGCAGGCACCAUUAAAGACAUUGUAACUAGGUAUAAAUCAAUGACGGGUCAUCAUGUAACGCGUCGUUUUGGGUGGGAUUGUCAUGGAGUUCCUGUUGAACAUGAAAUUGAUUCCAUGUUAGGGAUUAAGACUAGGUCUGAUGUUCUUCAAAUGGGAAUUGAUAAAUAUAAUGAACAGUGUAGAGGAAUUGUUACUAGAUAUGUUAAUGAAUGGGAGCAGAUUGUUAGGAGAGCUGGUAGAUGGAUUGAUUUUCAGAAUGGUUAUAAAACUAUGGAUUUGAAUUUUAUGGAGUCCAUUUGGUGGGUUUUUUCUCAGUUGCAUCAGAAAGAUCUUGUUUAUCGUGGCUUUAAGGUUAUGCCUUACAGUACUGGUCUGAAGACACCUCUAUCAAACUUUGAGGCCAAUGCAAACUAUAAGGAAGUACCUGAUCCUGAGAUUCUCGUCACUUUUCCCAUUGUGGGUGAUUCUCAUAAUGCAUCCCUUGUUGCAUGGACUACAACUCCGUGGACACUUCCAAGUAACCUUGCAUUGUGUGUUAAUGCGAAUUUUGUCUACGUUAAGGUGAGAAGCAAAGCAACUGGAGUGACUUAUGUGGUCGCAGAGUCUCGUAUGUCUCAGCUUCCGAGAGAGAAAGUAAAAGUUGAUAAAUCUCCAAAUGUGUCAGUUGGUGAUGCCAAGAAUUCCAAGUCUAAGAAUAAGGGUACUGCAUCUGAGAAAGCUUCUGUGGAUGAUAGUUCAUACGAGGUGUUAGAGAAGUUUCCAGGCGCUUCAUUGGUGGGGCUGAAGUACAUACCUUUGUUUGACUACUUCAAGGAGUUUUCUGAUGUGGCUUUCAAGGUUGUGGCAGACAAUUAUGUGACAGAUGAUAGUGGAACUGGAGUUGUACACUGUGCUCCAGCAUUUGGAGAGGAUGAUUACCGUGUUUGCCUCGAAAACAAAAUAAUUGAACUGGGGCCGGACUUGGUUGUAGCUGUUGAUGAAGAUGGGCGUUUCAUUGAAAAAGUUUCUGACUUUAAAGGGCUCUACGUGAAGGAUGCUGAUAAAGAAAUUAUAAAUGCAGUAAAGCAAAGAGGUAGACUCCUGAAACAAGGAAGUUUUACCCACUCUUAUCCCUUCUGUUGGAGAUCUGAAACUCCUCUCAUUUAUAGAGCCGUUCCCAGUUGGUUUAUAAGAGUGGAAAAGAUUAAGGACCAAUUGCUUGAGAACAAUAAGAAGACCUAUUGGGUUCCUGAUUUUGUCAAGGAGAAACGUUUCCACAAUUGGCUAGAAAAUGCUAGAGAUUGGGCAGUGAGUAGAAGCAGAUUUUGGGGGACACCUCUUCCUAUUUGGAUAAGUGAGGAUGGAAAGGAAAUGAGAUUCAUUUCGUCCAUUGAGGAACUUGAAAGGGAAUCAGGGGAAAAGGUUACUGAUUUGCAUCGCCACUUCAUUGAUCACAUUACUAUUCCAUCCAAGGACGGGAAGGGUGUUCUUCGACGUGUCGAUGAUGUUUUUGAUUGCUGGUUCGAAAGUGGCGCUAUGCCUUAUGCAUAUAUUCAUUAUCCAUUUGAAAAUCGUGAGCUAUUUGAAAAAAAUUUUCCUGGGCAUUUUGUGGCUGAAGGACUGGAUCAAACUCGUGGAUGGUUUUACACAUUGAUGGUGCUCUCCACUGCAUUAUUUGGUAAGCCUGCUUUUAGAAAUCUUAUCUGCAACGGACUUGUCCUUGCUGAAGAUGGAAAAAAGAUGAGUAAACGACUCAAGAACUACCCUGCACCAUCAGAAAUUCUUGAUGAGUAUGGAGCAGAUGCGUUGCGGUUGUAUAUUGUAAACUCGCCAGUAGUCCGUGCAGAGCCUUUACGUUUCAAAAAAGAUGGAGUGUUUGGUAUGAUUAGGGAUGUCUUCCUCCCGUGGUACAAUGCAUAUAGAUUCCUUGUUCAGAAUGCAAAGAGACUUGAAAUUGAAGGCUUUGGAACUUUCAUUCCUAUUGAUCGGAGUGCUCUGAAGAACUCUUCCAAUGUCCUUGACCAGUGGAUCAAUUCCGCCACCCAACACCUGGUUCAUUUUGUUCGACAAGAAAUGGAAGCAUACAGAUUGUAUACGGUGGUGCCUCAGCUUCUGAAAUUUCUUGAUGAUCUAACAAACAUCUAUGUAAGGUUCAACCGUAAACGGCUUAAAGGUCGUACAGGAGAAGAAGACUGCAAAAUUGCACUGUCUACUCUUUACCAUGUACUGCUAACUUCAUGUGUGGCCAUGGCUCCUUUGACUCCAUUUUUUACUGAAGUUCUAUACCAAAACUUGAGAAAAGUUUGUGAUGGAUCCGAAGAGAGUAUUCAUUAUUGCAGCUUCCCUGAAGAAGAAGGAAAGGGAGAAGAGCGCAUUGUACAAAGUGUUUCAAGGAUGACAAAGAUCAUUGAUCUUGCGCGUAAUAUCCGUGAGCGCCACAACAAGCCACUAAAGACACCCCUCAGGGAAAUGGUGGUGGUACAUCCUGACAAAAAUUUCCUUGACGAUAUUUCUGGAAAACUAAGAGAGUAUGUUCUGGAAGAGCUUAACAUAAGAUCUCUUGUUCCCUGUGACGAUCCGUUGAGAUAUGCUUCUCUUCGUGCUGAGCCUGAUUUUAGUGUGCUUGGCAAGAGGCUUGGCAAAUCUAUGGGAGUUGUUGCAAAGGAAGUCAAGGCGAUGUCCCAAAAAGAUAUACUAGCAUUUGAAGAAGCUGGAGAAGUGACCAUAGCUGGCCACAGCUUAAAGCUUGGUGACAUUAAGGUUUUGAGAGAUUUCAAACGUCCUGAUAACACAACAGAAACAGAUAUUGAUGCAGCUGGAGAUGGUGAUGUUUUGGUCAUUCUUGACCUACAUCCUGAUGAAUCAUUGUUUGAGGCUGGAGUUGCUCGUGAGGUUGUCAAUCGGAUCCAGAAGUUGCGGAAAAAAGCAAGUCUUGAACCGACUGAUGUUGUUGAAGUGUACUUCGGUCCAUCAAGUAAAGAUGCACCAACAUUGAAGCAGGUCGUGAGUUCACAGGAACAGUACAUAAGGGAGGCUAUUAGCUCUCCUUUAUUGCUCAGAGACCUAAUGCCAUCUUGUGCAGUUAUUCUCAGUGAAGAAAACUUCGAUGGCGUUUAUAGUAUGUCGUUCACUAUCAGUCUGUCGAGGCCAACAUUGAUGUUCAAUGAUGAAGCUCUUCUGGAUUUAUACGAAGGAAACACAAUCUUCGCACAAGGUUUACAGGUUUACUUUAGAUCAAGAGAUUCUAACAACUUAAAGUCGGAAUUUCAUGCCGGACAUGGCAAGAUUAGAGUUGACUGCAUCAAAGAUCAGCCACCAGUAGACGUAGUGUUGGGUCAACAUCUAUUUCUUAGUGUUGGAGAUCAUUAUUUGAGCACAAAGUCUAACUGAGAGAUGAACCAACUUUUCCCUAUUUUUUUUGGUAACUUUAUAUUCUUUCUUUGUUUUCAUUUUUGCCCGUAUAAUUUCUGAUCAUGGUUAAGGGUUGUAUGCCAAACUGUUGUCGAUUUUGUAAAAACGUUCACCUAAUUUAAGAAAACGAUUUUCAAGUACA